UUUAACGUUUAUUGAGAAACAGAGAGGGACAGAGCAUGAGCAUGGGAGGGGCAGAGAGAAGGUGAGACACAGAAUCUGAAGCAGGCUCCACGCUCUGAGCUGUCAGCAUAUAUCCCGACAUGGGGCUUGAACUCACAAACCGCGAGAUCAUGACCUGAGCCUGAGUCAGACGCUUAACUGACUGAGCCACCCAGGUGCCCCCCUCUGAAAGUAUAUCUGAAGCAUAUUUUGUCUUGUGUCUUAGAGAAUUUGUUAGCUGGCUGCUUCUCCAGCCUUCUUUUUAAGAGCUGAGUGCUUGAGCCAAUGAGGUGCUGCAUUCUGUUUCCAUAGCAAUAAAAGAAACAAACCUUCACCUGCCAUCUCCCAACCAAAUCUCACAACUCAAGGCCCAAGUCAAGAGAGUCUGAAUGAAAGUUUGACUUUCUCCUCUAGUUUGACUUUCAUGGCAAUACUGAAAGAUUCAAACCGGACUGUCUUUAGAAGGAAAUUUUGUGCUGACGCCCAUUCAGCCUUUGUAAAAGCCUUUGACUGAAUUCACUGCAAGUCUGUCUCUCUGCCCUACACGUACUGCGGAUUUUGUUUUGGCAUUUCAAUCACUUGGAACAACCAAAGUCUCACGUUCUGGAACUUCUGGAUUUCAUCUAAAAUGAAUGCUAAUUUUAUGGCGAUGAGAAACAGUUUCUCUAUAAAAUUGUGAUGUCUUUAAGACUCUUGACUUGGAAAAGGACCACAUGGGAGAAACAAAUCUUUGAGAAGUUCCAGGACCUCCUGAUCUAGCAGCUCCUGCCAUGUACCCCAACCCUCUCAUCUACUGUACCUGCUGGGACCCUUGGAACUUGGGACCACGGAAGCUAAUCAAGACCCCUCAGCCACCAAGCAAGACCUCCACAGGGAAGCCCAAGCUAACUCCUCUUCCUUCAGCUGCAAAAAAACAAAAUUGUGUCCAACCCACAGCAAAACCUGUUGUUGCCCCAAAAGGGAAACUCCAUUUAGGAAAACAAGAGGAGAGCAAUAAACCACCUUAUGAAGUGAUAAACGUGUCACCUGGUUAUCACCUCAUUCGAAAUAGGGAGCAGAUUUCCGUCACCUUGGGAGAUGAAAUGUUUGAUAAGAGAAAGCGGUCGCAAUCAGAGAUCAUGGACAGAGUCCAGAUUUCCAGGACUGAUAUCAUUACUGACCUGCAAGAGCAGAUCUCAGAAUUGACAGUGAUCAUUGAACAAAUGAACAGAGACCAUCAGUCUGCCCAGAAAUUGCUCUCCGAUGAAAUGGCUCUCCGCUGUGCUGAGAUGCAGCAGAACUUCGAAAACAAAAACAGAGAGCUCAAAGAGGCUCACGCAGCAGAGCUCAGUCAGUUGGAGAACAACUACAAAGCCACACUGAAGGCAGAGAAGCUGGCUGCCCAAGAAAAACUAGAUGAAAUGGGAAAGGAGUAUAAGUAUUUGAAGAAUAUGUUUCAUAUGUAUCAGGACAGCAUUUAUGAUGAAAUGGAAGAUAAGUGGUUGAAGAAGAAGGCAGAAUGGGAGAAGGAUGAGAAGUUGGAGCGGGAAAAGAUCCUGCUACAGCAAAAACAUAAUAUGACAAAAAAGUUUGAGUUAGAGUCAGAAGAAGAAAAGAAGAAAAUAAAUGACUCCUACAGUACCGUCUUUGAGAACUUCAAUCGAGAGAAGGAGGAGCUACUGAAACAACAUGAAAAGGACACCUUGCAAUUAGAGGAGCUGAGAAAGACCAAACAGGUCAUGGAGGAAGAGUUGAAUGCACAAUCUGUUAUCUUAGAAUCACUUAACACAUCCCUCUACCAAACCCAGAUGGAACUCCAGAGAGAGAAAGCUACAGUGGGAAAUCUGGAGAAAACACUCCAGACCAAGCUUGCCGAGACCGAAGAAAAGUUUAAAUACACCAUACAGCUUCUGACAGAAGAAAACAUUCAUUUAAGGCAAAAAAUAAUUGUGAAGAAUGAAGAAAUUUAUAAGGAAUGAUCUGGGAGGUUUCUCUCUAUGUAUGAGAAUGAUUCUGAUAAUUUAGAAGAUGAUAGCAAUGAAAAACAAGAACUAUGAGCAGAAAAGUUGUUCUCCAAUACAAAAGAUGUUAGGAACACCAUCUCCAUAGGCUUAGACAACUCCCGUGAGAGUUUCUUGAGAAAUGUAUAUUAUGAGUUUAGUUCUUGGGCUGCCUGGGUUCUACUUUUGCCUUUUCAAAAUUUCCUUUCUUCUAAGUGGUUGGGAAUGUUUGAAUUCUCAUCUCAGUUAUACAGGCUUUCAAGACUCUUCAUUGUAAAGUGAUGUUCCCUAUACCUGGAUCUAAACUUUCUCUGGGUAUUAUACUAUUUUCUCUUCCACAUUUACACAUUUCAUUAUGAAAACACUGAUCCGAAGAACUCGUUCCUAUUAAAUAUUGACCAUAUUUUGAAAUACA